UUGUUCAAUCUUAUUGAUUUAUUCAGCCUUUCAUUGGUUCUAUGCUCCCUAUUUACCGAGCAUUGGGUCGUUUCUAAUGUGACUUACGAAAAUAAAGUCAGUACAAGGCAAAGCAGAGUCAACUCUGGUUUACUCAGUGGAAUAAGGCAAAUUGACUGGGGAUUUGUGCUCAGCGAAAUUCAAGACGACGUCAGCUUCUAUAGUCGAAUACUUUGGAUUUUCAUUCUUUUCUUUAUCGCCGUUGGUAUUCUAUGGAUCUGUGUUGGCAUUAUAACGUCUCUGCUCUCGUCAUUUAAUGCACAAGAAAACACGAUAGCGGGUCCAAUUGGCACAUAUUUGUGGAGCUCACUGGCGUUACUAUCUUUGACCGCUUCUUGCGUCAUAUUCUACAUUCAGUACCACAGCAGCAUGCAGGGCGGUCUUCUCACUCCCGAACAGGUUCAGGCUGGUUACUCAACAACAGAUCAAUUGGUAUAGAU